AUGCUCACAUCUGCUCCAAUUAUGCAACCACCUGAUUGGACUUCACCUUUUGAAAUUAUGUGUGAUGUCAGUGAUUAUGCGGCUGGGGCUGUUUUGGGGCAAAGAAAGGAUAAGAAGCCACAUGUCAUCCAUUAUGCAAGCAGAACCUUAAACAGUGCUCGGAUGAAUUAUUCUAUGUCACAUUCUGGGAUCGGCUCUGUUGUAGCAUGA